AUGGCCGUCUCAUCACUUAUCCCCCGCGGUGCCGUUACUGCAACUCUCAACUACUUCAACCCUCCCUCCGACAAGUCCACGCCUUACAACCACGUCGACACGCCCCCUGAGGGUCUUCCGCAGCGCAAUUUCACAGACAAUCCCCAGCCUACAACCAUCCACGACAUCCGUGGCCGUGAAUCAGAAUAUCAUCUGGACCGUGAUGCCUUCCAGGUCAUCCAAGAUGUGCCGCCCUCCAGUGAGCCCGACUUUGUCGACGACGACUCCAUCAAGGCAAACUACUACCCAGAGCUUGAGCAGCUUCUCCUCAACAAUGUCCCAGGCUCCAACCGCAUCUUCUUCUUUGAUCAUACUAUCCGGCGUCAGAAGCCCGACUCUCCUCGUGCACCAGUGACUCGUGUACAUAUCGACCAGACCCCUGCGGCCGUGGCUCAACGAGUACGCAGGUACUUCCCUGACGAAGCAGACGAGCUUCUCAAGCACCGCUAUCGUCUCAUCAAUGUCUGGCGACCACUGAACAAGAACCCUCUCGAGUCGUUCCCUCUAGCCGUCGCAUCCUCGGCCUCUGUCGAGGAUGAUGAUGUUGUCCCCGUCGAGCACCGUUAUCCCGAUGGCUACCGUGGCUGGACCGCGGCUAUUCGUCAUAACCCAGAGCAGCAGUGGUAUUACCUCAGUGGAAUGACGGGCAGUGAACGUUUGUUGCUAGAGUGUUUCGAUAGUGAGUCUCUCAAGCCUGGUUCUAAGAUCAGGGGCCGUGUACCGCAUACUGCCUUCGAGGACCCAAGGACUCGUGCUGAGGCAGAGGGCCGUGAGAGUAUCGAGGUCCGCGCAUUGGUGUUUGGACCUUGA